UAAAAGAUGACAUUUUCCUACUUUGUGAACUACUUCCAAAACACCUUCCACUUAAACACCAGGAAGUACCUGGCUCAGGCUUCUAGGUACAGGCUGAUCUUCUGCUGCCUGGCUCUGAUCAUGGUGGACCACAGCUUGGAUUUCCAGGUCGAGAAGGAACUUAAGAAAAUCGUUGCGUUGAAAAGAGCUUUUGAUAAGAUAGAUACAGAUGAUGAUAUCCAGUCGAUGGUUAAGGCUAUUAAUGAGACUGAUGAUAAGCAGCUGGUGUAGGAUUAUAGAUCGUGGUACAGAAUUUUCAAUAUUUG